CUCCUCGACGUCGUUUGAGCCGGCAAGAUAAUAAAAAAACAAGGUGCCCCUGGAAAGCUAUAGAGAGUGAUUCUUCUUCGACUAGUGACGUCGAGAUGGCGGAUGAGCUUGCUCAACUGAAAAAGUGUUUCGACGCCAUGGAACUCGAUUGGGAUAUAAUCGAAAGUCAGGAUAUCAUCAAGCAAUGGCUCAAGGCUCAUAAUUCCGAAGUGGGCAGUGCGAUCGCCGGAGAUCUGGAUCCAUCGAUAGGUGGAGCCACAAUUUCUGUAACUUGUCCCACGAGUGGGAUAAGUUAUAAGGCGAGAUGCGCCGACGAGGAACUUCUGACUGUCGCGCUGCAAAGUGCGGAGGCUGCUCAGCAGGAAUGGGUAUCUCGAAAUCCGGUUGAUAAGAUGAAAGCGUUUUACAAAGUAGCUCAUAGUUUCGAGAGACAUGCGAAACUAUUCGCGACAGCCGACGCGAUUUGCUACGCUCACAAACGCUUCGAGAAGUGUCGCGGAAUUAGCGUGGAGUACUCGACGGAAUAUUUAUACGGGGCGGCGAGAGGGAAAAAUUUCCACUACGUGGGGAGCAGCUUCGAUUCUGUACUGGUGGUUCAGGAUGAGGAGUACACGCCUCUCCACCUCCUUCCCGAAUGGCGAUUCGUCGAAGCGUUGGCGAGUGGAUGCCGAGUCGUUCUGGUUGUUGCGCCGAGCAAAUGUCUCCCGGCUCUGGUGUUUUCGGAGAUUUGCAAAGCAGCCAAUCUUCCAGAAGGACUCUUCAGCGUUCUCGUGAUGCAGCCUGAGAGCAUGCAGAAGCUUCAACAGCCACCGAUGAAGACAUACCACCUGCCCUUACCGCCCAACGAGAAACAUUUAUCGACGAGCAUCAUUUGCGAAGGCGCAGAUCCGGACUCUGCAGUAAACGGUGCAUUCGAGCUGUUGGCGGACUCCUGGGGAAUGCCAAACUAUUUCGGAGUCAUGUUGUACGUUCAGGAUUCUAUUUGGGAGAAGGUCUGGAGCAGUCUAGCAGAGCAGGCAGCGAAUGUGGCGAUGAAUAAACACAAUUUCGCCAAGACCAUCGACUUAGUUUCAAGCGCCAAGGUGCGGGUGGUGAGAGCCACACAGGUGUCUUCAAUGGAGGCUGCGGAGCAGCCCACGAUCUACGUCCAAGGUUUCAAAACGGCGAAAGAAGUCAGCUCUCUGGUCUCCACCGGGCCGCUGCACUCAGACUGCCUGUCGAUCUGGACCGAAUACGUCAGUGUUGCCUUGGAAAUUGCGGACCGACUUUCAGGUUAUCGCAAUAUAUGGAUAAAUGGUCAGAACUUCUUUGAGAGCAGCCCGGAGAGCUUGAGAGAGCUACUCUGCCCUAGCGGAGGCUUCGAUCCGCGCGAAAAGAAGAGCCGUAAAGAUAAUACCCCCGUGAUUGACGCAUCUGAGAAACAUGAAUCUGCUGGGGCCGUCGAUCAGACUUUCCUUCUGUACUACGGGGGAGCUCAGAAGCCAGCGGAUUCCAAUACGUACUACCCCGUCUACAAUAGAUUCCCUCCUUUCGACCAAGGAGAUAAGGUCAUUGCUUAUGUCCCGGCGGGUGGGCCAAAGGAUGUCAGGAAUGCGGUCGAAGCGGCAGCUAAGGCAUUCCCUGGAUGGAGCAAACUGACGCCGUUGCAGCGUUCGAAACACAUGUACAAGUUCGCUGAAGUUCUCAGCGAGCGCGCCGAAGGUCUGCAGAACAAAUUGUCGCUGAACACAGGCCAUUCCGACUGCGCAGAGGAGCUUGAGGAUUGUGUCGAAGCAGCCUUCACCUGGGCAGGUUCUUGCGGAAGAGAUGCUUCAAGCUCAAGUGCACCACCGAAAAUGAAAAUAAUCCAAUCGUUCCGACCACACGGCGUCGUCGGCAUCCUCUGCCCGGAUACGAAGGUCAUGCAGAGUCUCAUCACGCUCCUUGUGGGCGCCAUAUCAAAUGGGAACACGGCUGUCCUCAUCGUUCCGGAGGAUUAUCCCUUGGCUCCUCUGACGCUGACACAGGUGAUCGAGCACUGCAAAAUACCCCCAGGCGUGAUAAAUCUCUUGACAGGGCCAACAGAGAAAUUGCUGAUCCCAUUGGCAGGACAUCACGAGGUCGCCUCCUUAUGGUGCUGGGCAACUUACAGAACACCUGCCGUUGAAGAAGCGAGCAAGCUCAGCAGACGGCGAUCCGUCUGGUGGUUCAAUCACUCGGAGAAAUAUCCUAACGCCUGGGAAGAAGAAGAAGUUGAGUUCCACCGAUCAUACAAGAUGAACAUUUGGCUCCCAUGCUCGAGUAUAUUCGCCAAUUAGGAGCCGUGAGACUGACUCAUUGAUGAUGUUUCCACGCUUCGGAUGUUCACUACUCCUCGUUUAUUCCAUGCAAUCGGACCAGAAUACACAGUUUCUCUCUUUGGUACACAAUAAUAAACUCACUCGU